AAGGCAUUUAACAGUUUGCAAAGUGCCUCACGCCUGUAGUUUCAUCGGAGGCUGCACCACCGCCUUGUCCAUGGCCGCCUCGGCUCCCACUCCAUGCAGGAGCAAACCGAGGCUGGGACGCGCCAGGAUCCCCUCCGGAGCUGGCCCCGGGGCCACGUGGCUGCGUCGAGAUUAGAACUGGGACCCUCCUUGGCCUCGGCUCCUCCCUCCCUCCCACUCCCUCCCUCCCCUUCCUCCCUUCCGUCCCCCUCCACACCGCCCAGGGCGCCCAUCUUCCUCAGCCCGGGUCUUCCUCGCCUCUGCUGGAGCCCGGAUCUAGGGUUGCCGCACCGCCGACGGUAGGCAAGGUCCCGGGAGCCCCCACCAGGCACCAUGGACUGGAAGACAUUCCAGGCCCUUCUGAGUGGCGUCAACAAGUACUCCACAGCCUUUGGGCGCAUCUGGCUGUCGGUGGUGUUCGUGUUCCGGGUUCUAGUGUACGUGGUGGCUGCAGAGCGCGUGUGGGGUGACGAGCAGAAAGACUUUGACUGCAACACCAAGCAGCCGGGCUGCACCAACGUGUGCUACGACGACUUCUUCCCCAUCUCCAACAUCCGCCUCUGGGCCCUGCAGCUCAUCUUCGUCACGUGCCCCUCGCUGCUGGUUAUUCUGCACGUGGCCUACCGCGAGGAGCGGGAGCGGCGGCACCGCCAGAAGUACGGGGAGCAGUGCACCAAGCUGUACAGCAACACGGGCAAGAAGCACGGGGGCCUGUGGUGGACCUACCUGUUCAGCCUCAUCUUCAAGCUCCUCAUCGAACUGCUCUUCCUCUACGUGCUGCACACGCUCUGGCACGGCUUCGGCAUGCCGCGCCUGGUGCAGUGUACCGGCGUGGCUCCCUGCCCCAACACCGUGGACUGCUACAUCGCACGGCCCACGGAAAAGAAGAUCUUCACCUACUUCAUGGUGGGUGCCUCGGCGGUCUGCAUCGUGCUCACCAUCUGCGAGAUCUGCUACCUCAUCUUCCAUAGGAUCGUGCGAGGCCUGGGCAAGGACAAGCUUUCAAGGGGCCACAGCACCUCAUCCUCCACCUGCCGCUGCCACCACAAGCUGGUGGAAGCCGGGGAGCUGGGUCCUGACCUCGGCGACACCAAGCUGCAGGCUUCAGCACCCAAGCUGACCCCCAUCUGACCGCAGGCU